GGCAAUAUCCACAGCCCCAUGAGGGUCCGGUGGAUCACCCUCCUCGCCCUGAUCGGAUGGCAGCGUGGACUCGCAACAUGCGACGAGACGCCUUACGAGGAAUACGUGUCUCACCGCCAGCUCUUACGGGCCAAGCUCUUCGAUCCGUCAAAGUACGACGUAAAUCGGCGUCCAGACAACGGCACUUCGAGCGCUACCAACGUGUCUCUACAUCUCUUUUGGGAGUACACCACGUUCAUGAAUCUCGAAGAUGGUUGGCUCUCGCUCUCCAUGGUCACGUGCAACAACUGGUACGACACAGCUCUCGAAUGGGAUCCGGACGACUACGGUGGUCUCGAGAGCAUUUCCACAUUUCCGAGCGAGAUCUGGUAUCCGGAUAUUGAAAUCGUGAACACAAGCUUCGACGACUACACAACGGAGACGAUCACGGUCUACUUGCAUCACGACGGAGAAAUCUGGUUCUGUCAGCCGGUUACGGCCAAGAUACCCUGUUCGAUGGACCUCACGGACUACCCGUUCGACAGCCAGGUCUGCAGGAUACGCUUUGCGUUGUUAGCUUAUGGGGACGAAGAGGUCAGGCUGGGUGGCGAGGGGACCAUGAGCCACAGCGUGACAAACCAGAGUUCAGAGUGGCAGGUCACCUUCCUGGACACGUCUCACGGGACGCUCCUCAACAAGACGACCCUGGACAUGGCCAUAGGGAUGAAGAGACGUGGCACUCAUCAUCGUUACACAGCGACGCUGCCGUGGGUCGCGUCGGUCAUCAUGAUGCUACUGGGUUUCUGGAUGCCCGCCAACUCAAGCCGCAGGCUGACUUUGGCGUGCAUCAACCUGCUGCUUAUCAUGCUGAUGCUCCAGCGGAUCACAGUGCUACUGAAGACGUCUUCGGCAGUUCCUAAGUUAGCCUUCUUCCUCGGCAACGUGAUGAUGGUUCAAGUCGUUGCGGCGGUUGUGGCGGUUCUGGUACUCAACAUGGAGUCCUCCACGAUGCCGAGCGAGGUGCCCGAACCGGUGGUCCGGUUCCUCACCGGUUCGGCGGGGAGGUUCCUCUGCCUGGCUCAGGAAGGCUCCGGGGCGGACCAGAGUCCGGAGGAUUCCGAAAACCCCUUUCCCGCCAAAAGGAACGACCUGGAGAAGAAGUGCGACUGGAUGCUCGUGGCUCAAGCCUUGGACAGACUGUUCUUCGCGCUGUUCAGCAUUGUGACACUCUGCGUCAUGCCGUGGUGAAUGUACGGCAUCGGUGCAAAAUAAACG